AUGCCUUCAGCAGUCGGCGGUAAAGAAGGUGCCCAUGAGCAGAAAGCGUCAGUGGACCUUACGACAUCCUCACCGUCCGCGUCGUUGCCACUAUCCAAGGACGAGACCACCCACCACAAACGCAACGCCUUUUCCGAGCUCAUGUCAUCCAAAUCCUCCAAACGAGCAAAACUCUCAACUACAGAGUCUGGCAUAGCGAGAGGGUCAGAGAAAAAGAAACCUCAUUUCCGCGGCACCGGCCUGCUCGAAUAUAUCCUAGAGCCAACCAAAUUCCCGUCCAACACAGUGAUUCGACACAACAACAAAACCGUCUUGAUCCAAGAUGCCUUUCCCAAAGCGACGGUUCACCUCCUCCUUCUUCCGCGCGACUCUUCCAAGUGGCUCUUGAACCCACGCGACGCAUUUGACGACGUGGAAUUUCUGGCCAUGAUGCGUCACGAAGCCGAAGCGGCAGUCAAGAUCGCUGCCUCUGAACUGUCCAGGCUGAUCAGCCCGUUCUCGGAAUCAUGCAAAGCCAGACUUGCAGCCAUGGAAAACGACAAUCCUCCGGAAUUAUUGCCUUCAGGACGCGAUUUUACGAAGGAUAUACGUGUCGGAAUCCACGCUCACCCGUCCAUGGCCCAUUUACAUGUCCAUAUCAUCAGUCGGGAUAUGCAUUCCGACCGCAUGAAACAUCAGAAGCACUAUAAUAGUUUCAAUACGGACUUUUUCAUUCCUUUGGAUGAUUUUCCUUUGGCUAAGGAUGAUAAAAGGCGGCAGACGGCUUACCAGAAUGCGAAUCUGAAGAGUGAGUAUCGGUGUUGGCGGUGUGGGAGGGUGUUCGGGAAUAAGUUUAAGCUGUUGAAGGAGCAUUUGGAGGAAGAGUUUGAGGAGUGGAAGAAAGAAUGA